GAAGAAAUGGCCGCCAUGGACUGUCGUCUGGUACUUUGCUUGGUCGUCAUUGGACUCGUUUCUCAUCAUGUCUCCGCUCAAAGGGGGUCGUGCGAAGGGUGCUGUGACUGCGGCUUUAUGGGUGGCAAUAAUUGUUAUUGCGAUAAUUAUUGCCAGACAGCCGGUGAUUGUUGCUCAGACUACGCAACGCACUGUGCUGAUCCUUGCGAGUCAACACCCUGUCAGAACGGUGGAUUCUGUGACAGUGUUGGGGGAACGUUUACAUGUACCUGUCCUUCUGGGUAUUUUGGGGAGAGAUGCCAAGAAAAGGAGAGCAAUCCCUGUAGUUCGGCACCCUGUCUGAACGGUGGGUCGUGUAGCAGCUAUGGAAACUCAUCUUGGUGUUACUGUCCAGAUGGGUACACUGGAAAGUAUUGUGAAAAUCAUCAUGGAAACGGAAGCGAUCCUUGUAUUUCUGCACCCUGUCUGAACGGUGGGACGUGUUACAGCAAUGGAAAUUCAUCUUCGUGUAUCUGUCCAGACGGAUAUUAUGGAGAGCAUUGUGAAUAUCAUCAAGGAAACGGGAGCGACCCGUGUAGUUUUGCACCCUGUCUGAACGGUGGGACGUGUUACAGCAAUGGAAAUUCAUCUUCGUGUAUCUGUCCAGACGGAUAUUAUGGAGAGCAUUGUGAAUACCAUCAAGGAAACGGGAGCGACCCGUGUAGUUUUGCACCCUGUCUGAACGGUGGGACGUGUUACAGCAAUGGAAAUUCAUCUUCGUGUAUCUGUCCAGACGGAUAUUAUGGAGAGCAUUGUGAAUACCAUCAAGGAAACGGGAGCGACCCGUGUAGUUUUGCACCCGGUCUGAACGGUGGGACGUGUUACAGCAAUGGAAAUUCAUCUUCGUGUAUCUGUCCAGACGGAUAUUAUGGAGAGCAUUGUGAAUACCAUCAAGGAAACGGGAGCGACCCGUGUAGUUUUGCACCCUGUCUGAACGGUGGGACGUGUUACAGCAAUGGAAAUUCAUCUUCGUGUAUCUGUCCAGACGGAUAUUAUGGAGAGCAUUGUGAAUAUCAUCAAGGAAACGGGAGCGACCCGUGUAGUUUUGCACCCUGUCUGAACGGUGGGACGUGUUACAGCAAUGGAAAUUCAUCUUCGUGUAUCUGUCCAGACGGAUAUUAUGGAGAGCAUUGUGAAUACCAUCAAGGAAACGGGAGCGACCCGUGUAGUUUUGCACCCUGUCUGAACGGUGGGACGUGUUACAGCAAUGGAAAUUCAUCUUCGUGUAUCUGUCCAGACGGAUAUUAUGGAGAGCAUUGUGAAUACCAUCAAGGAAACGGGAGCGACCCGUGUAGUUUUGCACCCGGUCUGAACGGUGGGACGUGUUACAGCAAUGGAAAUUCAUCUUCGUGUAUCUGUCCAGACGGAUAUUAUGGAGAGCAUUGUGAAUACCAUCAAGGAAACGGGAGCGACCCGUGUAGUUUUGCACCCUGUCUGAACGGUGGGACGUGUUACAGCAAUGGAAAUUCAUCUUCGUGUAUCUGUCCAGACGGAUAUUAUGGAGAGCAUUGUGAAUACCAUCAAGGAAACGGGAGCGACCCGUGUAGUUUUGCACCCUGUCUGAACGGUGGGACGUGUUACAGCAAUGGAAAUUCAUCUUCGUGUAUCUGUCCAGACGGAUAUUAUGGAGAGCAUUGUGAAUACCAUCAAGGAAACGGGAGCGACCCAUGUAGUUUUGCACCCUGUCUGAACGGUGGGACGUGUUACAGCAAUGGAAAUUCAUCUUCGUGUUUCUGUCCAGACGGAUAUUAUGGAGAGCAUUGUGAAUACCAUCAAGGAAACGGGAGCGACCCGUGUAGCUUUGCACCCUGUCUGAACGGUGGGACGUGUUACAGCAAUGGAAGUUCAUCUUCGUGUUUCUGUCCGGAUGGAUAUUAUGGAGAGCAUUGUGAAUACCAUCAAGGAAACGGGAGCGACCCGUGUAGUUUUGCACCCUGUCUGAACGGUGGGACGUGUUACAGCAAUGGAAAUUCAUCUUCGUGUUUCUGUCCAGACGGAUAUUAUGGAGAGCAUUGUGAAUACCAUCAUGGAAACGGGAGCGACCCGUGUAGCUUUGCACCCUGUCUGAACGGUGGGACGUGUUACAGCAAUGGAAGUUCAUCUUCGUGUUUCUGUCCAGACGGAUAUUAUGGAGAGCAUUGUGAAUACCAUCAAGGAAACGGGAGCGACCCGUGUAGUUUUGCACCCUGUCUGAACGGUGGGACGUGUUACAGCAAUGGAAAUUCAUCUUCGUGUUUCUGUCCAGACGAAUAUUAUGGAGAGCAUUGUGAAUACCAUCAUGGAAACGGGAGCGACCCGUGUAGCUUUGCACCCUGUCUGAACGGUGGGACGUGUUACAGCAAUGGAAGUUCAUCUUCGUGUUUCUGUCCAGACGGAUAUUAUGGAGAGCAUUGUGAAUACCAUCAUGGAAACGGGAGCGACCCGUGUAGUUUUGCACCCUGUCUGAACGGUGGGACGUGUUACAGCAAUGGAAAUUCAUCUUCGUGUUUCUGUCCAGACGAAUAUUAUGGAGAGCAUUGUGAAUACCAUCAUGGAAACGGGAGCGACCCGUGUAGCUUUGCACCCUGUCUGAACGGUGGGACGUGUUACAGCAAUGGAAGUUCAUCUUCGUGUUUCUGUCCAGAUGGAUAUUAUGGAGAGCAUUGUGAAUACCAUCAAGGAAACGGGAGCGACCCGUGUAGUUUUGCACCCUGUCUGAACGGUGGGACGUGUUACAGCAAUGGAAAUUCAUCUUCGUGUUUCUGUCCAGACGGAUAUUAUGGAGAGCAUUGUGAAUACCAUCAUGGAAACGGGAGCGACCCGUGUAGCUUUGCACCCUGUCUGAACGGUGGGACGUGUUACAGCAAUGGAAGUUCAUCUUCGUGUUUCUGUCCAGACGGAUAUUAUGGAGAGCAUUGUGAAUACCAUCAAGGAAACGGGAGCGACCCGUGUAGUUUUGCACCCUGUCUGAACGGUGGGACGUGUUACAGCAAUGGAAAUUCAUCUUCGUGUUUCUGUCCAGACGAAUAUUAUGGAGAGCAUUGUGAAUACCAUCAUGGAAACGGGAGCGACCCGUGUAGCUUUGCACCCUGUCUGAACGGUGGGACGUGUUACAGCAAUGGAAGUUCAUCUUCGUGUUUCUGUCCAGACGGAUAUUAUGGAGAGCAUUGUGAAUACCAUCAUGGAAACGGGAGCGACCCGUGUAGUUUUGCACCCUGUCUGAACGGUGGGACGUGUUACAGCAAUGGAAAUUCAUCUUCGUGUUUCUGUCCAGACGGAUAUUAUGGAGAGCAUUGUGAAUACCAUCAUGGAAACGGGAGCGACCCGUGUAGCUUUGCACCCUGUCUGAACGGUGGGACGUGUUACAGCAAUGGAAGUUCAUCUUCGUGUUUCUGUCCAGACGGAUAUUAUGGAGAGCAUUGUGAAUACCAUCAAGGAAACGGGAGCGACCCGUGUAGUUUUGCACCCUGUCUGAACGGUGGGACGUGUUACAGCAAUGGAAAUUCAUCUUCGUGUUUCUGUCCAGACGAAUAUUAUGGAGAGCAUUGUGAAUACCAUCAUGGAAACGGGAGCGACCCGUGUAGCUUUGCACCCUGUCUGAACGGUGGGACGUGUUACAGCAAUGGAAGUUCAUCUUCGUGUUUCUGUCCAGACGGAUAUUAUGGAGAGCAUUGUGAAUACCAUCAUGGAAACGGGAGCGACCCGUGUAGUUUUGCACCCUGUCUGAACGGUGGGACGUGUUACAGCAAUGGAAAUUCAUCUUCGUGUUUCUGUCCAGACGAAUAUUAUGGAGAGCAUUGUGAAUACCAUCAUGGAAACGGGAGCGACCCGUGUAGUUUUGCACCCUGUCUGAACGGUGGGACGUGUUACAGCAAUGGAAAUUCAUCUUCGUGUUUCUGUCCAGAUGGAUAUUAUGGAGAGCAUUGUGAAUACCAUCAAGCCUGGAACUCGACAACUAUCUUAUAGUAUAUAUUCCUAUUAUGGAUUAUGAACGAUAACACGACUGUAGCCUAGAAACACUAUGAGCAUUGAAAAUGAGGAGGAAGACCAGACAAUAAGGAAUCAUCUAUUCCACCGCGCCAUGAGUAACAUUUGAAGAAAAUUCAAUUAAAAUCAACUCAAUCUAUUUGGCAUCAUCAAAAAAGAAAUCAAGUACAGAUGAUAAACACAGAGUAAAUAAUAGGCCACGACCUUUAGGAAGCAAUGUGUGCUUUUAAAUGAAGUCCUUAUCAAGUUAAACACAACAUUAGACACGUUUGGAUUAACAAGAAAAUUACACUCUGAAACAUGAGUAGAAUGAUUAUCUAGUGCAAAUUUAUUUUUCAUUAUAUAAAGAUCUUAAAAUGGUAUAUU